AUGGCUUUUCUCUCCCCAAAAAUUCUUCCUUCAUCUUCAUCUAUCAUAGUUUUUGUGACUAUCUUACUUAUAUUGCUCUCCCAUAAUGUUGCUGCUGAAACACUACCCAGAAAUGAAACAUUUCCAGCGGUGUUUGCUUUCGGAGACUCAAUAUUGGAUACUGGCAAUAAUGACUACAUCAUUUCUAUAACCAAAAGCAAUUUCCCACCUUAUGGGAGAGACUUUAUGGGAGGAAUGCCUACAGGAAGUUUAGCGAUGGAAGAGUCCCCUCAGACUUCGUUGUCUGCCAUUCCAUUAUCAGAUCAAUUAGACUUCUUCAAACAAUACAAAAGCAAGAUGAUUGCAGCAGUUGGGGAGGAAAGAGCAGCCACUAUAAUAUCAAAAGGCGGAUACAUUGUUGCUGUGGGAAGCGAUGACAUCGCAAAUAAUUAUUUUACAACACCACUGAGGAGCCCUCACUAUGACAUUUCAGCUUAUACAGAUCUCCUGCUCGAAUCAGCAAUAAAUUUUGUUCAGGAACUUUAUGCACUGGGAGCAAGAAUCAUUGGAGUACUCAACUUGCCACCACUUGGGUGCUUGCCAUCACAGAGAACACUGCAUGGAGGCAUAGAGAGGGCAUGCUACGAGGCCGAGAACCAAGCAGCAAUGCUCUUCAACUCCAAGCUCUCCACCCAAAUAGACUUCCUCAAUAAGAGACUUCCAGAAGCACAACUCUUUUACGCUGAUAUAUAUACCCCUUUGCUUUCCAUAAUCCAAAACCCUGCUCAAUAUGGAUUUGAAGUGGUGGAUAAAGGAUGCUGUGGAACAGGAUAUAUUGAGGUUGGCCCUUUGUGUAACAAAGCCUCCCCUGGUACUUGUGACAAUGUGUCCAAGUACAUAUUCUGGGAUAGCUUUCAUCCUACAGAAAAGGCAUACAGGAUCCUCACUUCUAAAGUUACAGAACAAAUAUUAUAA